CAAAAGUUAAACCUCGUUGUAUUUCUUCAGUCCAUUAUUCUAUUUCGUUUAGUGUGCUUUACUUAUUAUACAAUCUUUACAUCAAUCAAUGCUUAAUUAAUACUUUUUUUUUAUUUUACUUUCAAUGUCAAUAUUCCAAGCUAAUCAUUGAUCGAGUCAGGAUCUUAAAAUAAUGUCAGUCAUUGACAUUAAGUUUACAAAAUUUGAUAACACACCAUGGGGAUUUCGAUUAGUGGGUGGAAGUGAUUUUCCACAACCAUUAACAGUCAUUAAAGUGGUUGAAGGAAGUUUAGCAGAAUGUAUGGGUUUGAAAGUUGGAGAUGUUGUAGUAAGGCUUAAUGAUAAUACUGUCUCUAGUUUGACACAUGGACAGGCACAUGAAGCUCUUAAGCUUGCGGGUAACAACUUUACAUUAGGAGUUUUCAGGAAAAAAGAAGAGGAGGAAAUUACCACCACCACCAAUCUUCCAGAAGAAACCCUUGAACCAUAUCAAAUUCCUCUCGAAGAGCUUAAGCCAGUGAUUCCUCUCGACGACCUGUCUUCGAUGAUUUGUAAUUCAGGUGAUGAAGAUAACAGAAAUAAAUUAGUUGUAGAAGAAUUUUAUGAAGAAAUAACCGAAUCAAAAGUUGAACAAGAAAAUCCAGAACCUGAACAAGAAGUAUUAGAAGAAAAACCUGUUGAUGCUAAUAGUGAAGUAGUACCGAAUAAAAAUUUGACAGAUGAUGAAAUAGCACAAUUAAUUCUUGAAGAAGAAGAACUGUUAUUAGCUAAAGGUGAUCAAGCAGUUCUUGGAGUUAAUUUCAAGAAGUUACGGCCACGAGCACCUCUUCUUAAAGAAUCUAAAGUUCUGGAGGAACUCCAGUCAAUUGCACUUGAAGAUCCUCCUAAAGUACAAGAAUUAAAACAUCAAUCAACUUUUCUACAAAAACCAUCAAGACCGAUUCCAACACCUAAAAAGCUUCAAAAUGAAACACCUGAGCAAAAUGGAGGCUAUAAAGUUGUAAUUAAGAAACAAAUGAAAAAGAGUGUGACUGAACGGCUUUUACAAAAAGGUCUAUUAGAUCCUGAAGCUCUUAAGAAUCAAAAAUCAGAACAAAAUUCACCAUCCAUAACUCCAGAACCUGUUCAAUCAGAACCCAAAACAACCAUUAUUCAUGUUGAUCGGGAGAAUAAUGAUUAUGAAGAAGAGAAUAAAGCAGUAAAUCAAGAGCAUCAAGAGGAAGAACAAAAAAAUGAAGAAAAAAAAGAAAGUGAAGAAGAAGAAAGGAUUAUGAAUGGAGAAUGUGUUGUUGAGAAUAAUACAUCAGUAAAUGGUGACAUUGAUGAGUCAGAAAAAAAGUCAAUAGAAUGUGAAUCACCAACGCAACCACAGACUUGCAAACUGACAUCAGAAUCCUUGGUUUUUGACAAACAGAAAAUUCAGGAGCUUGUUUCAACUGAGAUAAGUCUGGAAAAACAAUUAGAAAAUGUUCAAAACCAAUUAUUAGCUUUAAAACAACUGCCUGCUGAGAUUGAAAAUCACUUGAAAAUAGUGUCUGAGCAAUUAUUUAAAAUUAUGGAACUUAGUGGUGUAAAUUCACGUCGAGGGUCAUCAGAUCAACAAGAGAGUAAAACCGAAUGUGAACCAUCACCACCUUCACCAGAAGAGGAAAAUCCACCUUCUGAAGAAAUUGAAGAAAAUCAUUGUGAAAGUGAUAAAGACGAGACUUCAACAGCAGAAAGAUCAUCAUCAGCAAUGAGUUAUCAACAACCUCAAAUUAUUCUUGAAGAAGAUCAGGAGGAGAUUGAGCCACCAGAAGUAAAAGAACUAGAAGUUACUGUCAAAAGUGAUGACAAUCGUGUUAAAAAAUGUAUCGCUUCAUAUGAAACUAGAGUGUUUCGUUCCAGAGAUCCAAGCCCAGCCACUUCUCACGGCAGUUAUGAACCAGACCCCAAUUUAUCUCCAAAGGAUCAAGUUAUACAGGAAUUAAAACACCGAGGAGUGAGAAAACGAUCUCAUGAUCUUUGGCCUCAAGCUAAACAAUUAGAACUUACUUAUGGACGACGAUGGAGAUGUCCAAAUGAUUUUUUCAAUGAUGAAAUGAUUGCUGAGGUUCUAUCAGGACAAGCUGAAGUCAUUCGAGGACGAGCACUUGGAGUUAACUUCAAAAAAUAUGAAAAAGAAUGGUUACCAAAUUAUGAUCAUUUGAUGAACUCAAGUGUCUAUAAGAUGCUUCAUAAAAUGGAAAAAGAACCAAAGUCAGGAAUUCCAGCAAGACCGCCUAAAGUUCCUGCUGCUGAAGACAUAAUUGAACGAGUGAAUACCCCAGCUUAAAGAAUUGCAGCUGCGACAAACCAUCAAAUGAAAAUUCAAAAACUUCAUCAGGGUAAGGUGUACCAAUAGUCAACGAUGCAUUAAUAAUUUCUCAGUUAAUUCACUGCAUUCGUAUAAAAUAAUUAUUAACAUUUGUGAAAUAUUUACGGUUAAUUAUUUAAUUUAAUUAACCAACUGCAGAAACAUCUACCCUACAUAAAAAUUGAUGUUAUAUAUUAAAUUGAUAAAGACCUGCAAUAAUUUCAAACUUAUGAUUAGCUGCAUUUAAAUGUACACAAAAAGUGUAAAUUGUAAAACAACAAAGUAUAUAUUUAUGCCAACACUUGAUAUAAAUAAUGUGUAAAAAAAAAAAUAAAAUAUCCUGUGUUUACAAUAAAUAAAAUGACUCCAAAGCAUAUUUGUAUGAAUAUUUUAAGUAACGACUGACAAUUAUUACUAAAAAUUAUGAUACAUAGCAAUGAAUGUGUCAGUGACGUGCAACCGCAUGUCCAGAAAUCAGCUGAAUCACACA